CCGCUUACGUCAUCUGUGCGCGCCGCGCGCGGGCCGUGCCGCCGCCAUGGUGCAGCUCGGGAGCCGCCUCCUGAGGGGCCGCAGCGGCCACGUCAUCAUCCGCUUCGCGCUGGGGGGCUGCACCAACCGCCCGUUCUUCCGCAUCGUGGCGGCCAACAGCCGGCGCGCCCGCGACGGGAAGUACCUGGAGCAGCUCGGCUGCCUGGACCCGCUGCCCAACGCGCACGGCGAGAAGGUGGCGGGGCUCAACCUGGAGCGGCUGCGCUACUGGCUGGGCUGCGGCGCGCAGCUCUCCCGGCCCGCCGAGAAGCUCCUGGGGCUGGCGGGGUUCCUGCCGCUGCACCCCAUGACGGUGACCGGCGCCGAGAGGCUGCGCCGGCGGCGACAGCGCGAGCAGCAAACAGAGGCUGCCCCUGCGGAGGGCUCGGCCGAGACCCUAACCGACACCGGAACCGGUACCGGAACCGCGCCCUGACACGGCCCGGCCGGGAGGGGCCCGAGCGGCC